CCGGGCGCCUGAGCGUAACAGGCGCCCGCAGUUUACUAUGAAGGUGAAUGGGAGUCGCUCUCGCGCGCGCUCGUAUUUUUUCUGUCCCAGGCUUUUGCUCACCACCAACAGAGACUCCGCGCUUCCCAGCCAGCUGAUUUCAGCUGUGUCGUCCAAAUUGAGGAAACCUAAUUCUUCUGGAGAGGCUGUAGGAGCUCAUGACUGAAAUCUGCGAGUAGUUCACUCCCAUCCCAGCCCCUGCAGGCUGCUUUCCCAGUCGACAUGGUCACUUUAUUCUCUAACCCCCGUUUUGCUCAUUCCAUAUAUGUUUUGCAAUGUGGGAAUCCUAGGGUGUUUGUGUUUAGUGAUGGAUUGCUAUCUUUUGGGGAGGAGUUGAUGUGGGGAGGAGGGUUUAGGAAGAAGUUUGGGUGAUGAACCUAUUCAAAAAGUGGAGAUGUGAAUCCAAAGAUUGGAUAAGUGUUUACAGUUAUCUUUGCUGAGAUGCCAUUUUUUGACUUUUGUUGUUUGUUUUUUUACAGUGAACUUUAUGAGAGGACUUGUUUCCAAAGUACAAAGUUAAAUCCUAAUUUAGUGAGCAUAUAUUUUAAUAGACUGUCCAAAUGUAGUACACGCUUUUGUAAGGGGGGGGGUCAAGAAAUGGGAGGCCUUUAUUUUUCAUUUGUUCCAUUUGCCUUUAAUUUUUAAGGUCAUUUUAAAUAGGACUAUUCACAUAACUAUUAUACUAUAACAUUAGCUGUUGUAUAAAGUGCGUGUUGAGCAUGGUUUACCCAAAAUACCAGGACCGGAAGUGUUCCAAAUUUCAAAAAACUUUUUUUAAAAAAAAUUUUGGGAUGUGUCAUAUUCAUGACCAAUCUGAGGAUGAAACCCAGGUAUUAAUGUGAAAUUCGUGUUUUAUUUGCAAACUAAGCACAGCUAAGAUAAUUUUAUACAAUAAUAUUUUUAGUACUUUUUGUAUUUCCACUAACAACUCAGGUAAGUAGAGUAGAAUUUCACUUUGGGGAUGCACAACUUGAAAUAUUAAUAUUAAUCAUUUUAUGUAUUUUAUAUAUUUUCAUUUUUCUCUUGCAAAAUCUGAUAUAUUUAUAUUCAGUGAUUUCUAGGGCCUCUAAAAGAUUUUAAUAACUUUUUACAAAUGUUCUUAAAAUUCUGUAUUCUGCAUACUUAAAAAGCAAAAUAAUAUUCAUUAUUUUGUUUAAGUAAAUGAAUUCAUUGCAAAUGGCAUAUGUCUGUAAUUCUUUUCUAGGAAUUCUUUGUAGAAUAGCCAAUAUGCUAAUGUUAAGUAAGGCAGCAAGAGCUAUUCCCAAACCACCAGCGAGGAAAGUGUAUGGAAUGUUAAGAAGAUUUAAUGUUCAUCCCAGAACACUCUUUCGUUAUAAACUGGUCCUGGGAAUUGAAACCAGCUGCGAUGACACAGGAGCUGCAGUGGUGGAUGAAACUGGAACUGUGCUAGGAGAAGCACUGCACUCCCAAGCUGAUGUUCAUCUGAAAACAGGUGGGAUUGUUCCUCCAGUAGCUCAGCAACUUCACAGAGAAAAUAUUCAACGAAUAGUAGAAGAAACUCUUUCUGCCAGUGGAAUCUCCCCAAGCGACCUGUCAGCGAUUGCAGCCACCGUCAAGCCAGGACUGGCUCUAAGCCUAGGAGUUGGCUUAUCCUUUAGCUUACAGCUAGUAAACCAGUUCAAAAAGCCAUUCAUCCCAGUUCAUCAUAUGGAGGCUCAUGCACUGACUAUUAGGUUGACCAAUAAAGUAGAAUUUCCUUUCUUAGUUCUUUUGAUUUCUGGAGGUCACUGCCUGUUGGCAUUAGUUCAGGGUGUUUCAGAUUUUUUGCUCCUUGGGAAGUCUUUGGACAUAGCGCCAGGCGACAUGCUUGACAAGGUGGCAAGAAGACUUUCUUUAAUCAAACACCCAGAAUGUUCUACAAUGAGUGGUGGGAAAGCUAUAGAACAUUUGGCCAAAGAAGGAAAUAGAUUUCAUUUUACUAUCAAUCCGCCCAUGCAGAAUGCUAAGAAUUGUGAUUUUUCUUUUACGGGACUUCAACAUGUUAUCAAUAAGCUAAUAACACACAAAGAAAAAGAAGAAGGCAUUGAGAAGGGGCAAAUCCUGUCAUCAGCUGCAGACAUUGCUGCUGCAGUACAACAUGCAACAGCGUGCCACCUUGCGAAAAGAACACAUCGUGCUAUUCUGUUUUGCAAGCAGAAAAAUUUGUUAUCUCCAGCUAACGCAGUAUUAGUUGCAUCUGGAGGUGUUGCAAGUAACUUGUACAUCCGAAAAGCAUUGGAAAUUGUAGCAAGUGCAGAGCAAUGCACUUUGUUGUGUCCCCCUCAGAGACUGUGCACUGACAACGGCAUCAUGAUUGCAUGGAAUGGAAUUGAAAGAUUACGUGCUGGCUUGGGCGUUUUACAUGAUGUGGAAAACAUCCGAUAUGAACCAAAAUGUCCUCUUGGAGUAGACAUAUCCAGAGAAGUUGCAGAAGCUGCCAUAAAAGUACCACGAUUAAAAAUGGCAUUUUGAUUUGUGAUUUUAAAGGUCUCUCCAGGCAAUAAUUGACUGCUGUGCAGUUAAAUUACAUAUGAAACUCUGGGAAGAAAAUCUAUUCAGUAUUAAUAUAAAUAACUUCCAUUCUAACAACAACACAAAUUCCAUCCCCUGAAGAUGCUGUGUAUUUUACCACAAUAAACAAUAUCUGCUUUGAGAAACACCAAUCAAGAAUCAUUUCAUGUUUCAAAUGCUUUCUGUUUUUAAUUAUUAGCUUUCUGCAGGCUCUGGGUUAGCAUUCUGUUUCCCUUUCCCGAGGUUGUUCAAAAACACUAUUCUUGGUCUUGAUACAUUUAUGAUAUCUGUUGAAAUUCCAGAUGAAAAUGAAAAAAUGUUGUGGGAAA